CAUUGCCAGAUUGUUCGUUCAUGAGCAAACAAUAUCGAUUGGAUGCUAUCGAGUUCCACCCAUCUCUGGCGUCUCAAAGCGGGAAAUUUUGCGAAAAACAAGACGAAUCAGACAUGGCGCCUUCUUCCUCACAAGAACCGCCACAGGUUCCGCUGAGGAACUGCGCCUUGGCGCCACAUCGACUGAAGACCCCGAGCCGCAAAAUUACCGACCCCUACUUGGUCAAUUUUGCAAAGCGCAUCAACUCUGAAAUCCGCGUUGGAAACUUGUUGUGCCUCGACUGCUAUCAGAACUUGAAGAACUUGUACCGCAUGAAGAUGGCCAAUGCCCGGCAGCAUCACGAGAAGCGUAAGAGGGAACAGAGCUCUGGGAACAGCAUUUCGGAUGUAAGCAACAGCCAGCGAAUGGUGUCCACCUCCUCCUCCGAUGAAGUGUCGGUGCCAGGGAAUCGUUCAACUGCUUCGCCGUUAUCCUCGCGAGGCUCGUCCCCCACAACCAGUGCUGCAGCGGCGGCCAAGAGACAGCGGACAAGUGCUCCUCCACCGCCAUCCUCGCGAGACUCGUCCCCCACAACCAGUGCUGCAGCGGCGGCCAAGAGACAGCGGACAAGUUCUCCUCCACCGCCGAUACCGGCGGCAUCAGGGAACUCAUAUGUUAGUGACGACGACGACCCCAAUUCGAAUCUCAGUCUUAAUGCAGUGAAUGGCACGCGACUGCCGCACAUUCAGCCCAUCCCAAAGAGACGUCAGUUUGUUCAUCUGAAUAAGAAUGCGAUGGACAUUUACCUGGCAGGCACCACCGGCGGGUAAGCCAGUGCGAAAAACUGUCCAACUGCACAGCAAUCAACACCUAAUUUCCUGUGUAAUCCUUCUGGAAGGAUCGACUUGAAGUGGUCUUUCAUAAGUUUAUUGAUGAGCAAGAAUAAGCCUUGUAAAAUAUUAUUUAAAGCCAAUUCUACUUAGUCAAAAUGAAAGUGACAUGUUUAAGUUUUAGUUUAAAUUACUCAAUAAAUAUGUUAUAUGACUGAAGAAUGAAGUAAAUAAAUAAAUACAGACUGU